GGGAGACCAGAUAUAGUGAAUGCAGGGUCCGGGGAGACCAGAUAUAGUGAAUGCAGGGUCCAGGGAGUCCAGAUAAUAGUGAAUGAGGGUCCAGGGAGACCGGAUAUAGUGAAUGCAGGGUCCGGAGAGAGACCAGAUAUAGUGAAGGCAGGGUCCGGGGAGACCAGAUAUAGUGAAUGCAGGGUCCAGGAGACCAGAUAUAGUGAAUGCAGGGUCCUGGGAGACCAGAUAUAGUGAAUGCAGGGUCCUGGGAGACCGGAUAUAAUAUAGUGAAUGCAGGGUCCUGGGAGACCAGAUAUAGUGAAUGCAGGGUCCAGGGAGACCAGAUAUAGUGAAUGCAGGGUCCGGGGAGACCAGAUAUAGUGAAUGCAGGGUUCGGGAGACCGGAUAUAGUGAAUGCAGGGCCAAGGGAGACCGGAUAUAGUGAAUGCAGGGUCCGGGGAGACCAGAUAUAGUGAAUGCAGGGUCCGGGGAGACCGGAUAUAGUGAAUGCAGGGCCAAGGGAGACCGGAUAUAGUGAAUGCAGGGUCCCGGG